AUAACUAAUCACUAAACAUCCCAAGCUUAACAGCUAAGUAAGAAUCUAAUCUGGCGGUGGUUUUGAUGCAUUGCCGUUCGGUUUGGCAAUCUCUCGAAUUCGAGCUUUUAAUCUCUCCCAUUUCUUCCGUGGAAGCUGCUCCAUUGGUUAAUUUGGUUUGCAUUUGGAUUUGAAAUGUUUUUUAGAUUUGUUUCAAGUUGUUGAUCUAAGGGCAAAGCUGGUUGUCAGUGAGUUGGAUGAUCGGUCACCUUCCCAGUCACCAGGAUGCAGUUCAAAGCCUUUGCACAAGAGCAGUGUUGAAAAAUUAACAGAUAAGCACUCGAGAGCCUUAGAACUUCAUUCUGCUUCCGAAGCCCGCAUUGUGGAAGCUGAGACGAAGUUGCAAGAAGCCAUUGAAACAUUCAGUCAGAGAGAUUUGGAAGCUAAUGGGACAACAGGCAUCUAAGCCUACGGAUGAGAACAGGCGGCUUUAUGAAGUGUAUCAAAAUACUACGAAGGAAUUGCAGCAAGCGAAAUCUAAACUUGAAGAACAGCUCGAGCAACAAAAAACAAGAGAAGCUGCUUUAAAAUCUAAGGUUGAAAAUCUCGAGGCUGAGGUUGUUGAGAAGCCUUUAUUGCAGAAUUCUCUCAAGGAACUGCAAACCAAGUCAGCUCACUGUGAAGAAGAGAGCAGAAAACUAGCUGAGGCAAAUAUAAAGCUUAAAGAAGAUGUGUCUACAUACGAGUCCAAACAAAGUGACCUUGAAGCAAAAUAUUCCACUACUGUUGCUGAGAAGGAUGAAUCAGUUGAACAACUUCAGGCUGCAAAAAGGACAAUUGAAGAUUUAAAGCAGCAGCAUUUUUCUCAAGGGCAGAAACUACAAUCUCAGAUAUCUUCGCUUAUGGAUGAGAACCGCCUGCUUAAUGAAGUGCGUCAAAAUACUAAGAAGGAACUCCAGCAGGUGAUAUUCAACCUUGAAGAACAGCCUAAGGAACAAAAAGCAGGAGAAGCUGCUUUAAAAUCUGAGGUUGACAAUCUCAAGGCUGAGGCUGCUGAGAAGCCUUUGUUGCAGAAUUAUCUCAAGGAACUGCAAACCAAGUCAGCUCACUUUGACGAAGAGAGAAGAAAACUAGCUGAGGCAAAUAUAAAGCUUAAAGAAGAUGUGUCUACAUACGAGUCCAAACAAAGUGACCUUGAAGCAAAAUAUUCCACUGCUGUUGCUGAGAAGGAUGAAUCAGUUGAACAACUUCAGGCUGCAAAAAGGAUAAUUGAAGAUUUAAAGCAGCAGCAUUCUUCUCAAGGGCAGAAACUACAAUCUCAGAUAUCUUCGCUUACCGAUGAGAACAACCUGCUUAAUGAAGUGCAUCAAAAUACUAAGAAGGAACUCCAGCAAGCGAUAUCUAACCUUGAAGAACAGCUCAAGGAACAAAAGGCAGGAGAAGCUGCUUUAAAAUCUGAGGUUGAAAAUCUCAAGGCUGAGGUUGCUGAGAAAACUUUGUUGCAGAAUUCUCUCAAUGAACUGCAAACUAAGUCAGCUCCCUAUGAAGAAGAGAGCAGAAAACUAGCUGAGGCAAAUAUAAAGCUUAAAGAAGAUGUGUCUACAUACGAAUCCAAACAAAGUGACCUUGAAGCAAAAUAUUCCACUGCUGUUGCUGAGAAGGAUGAAUCAGUUGAACAACUUCAGGCCGCAAAAAGGACUAUUGAAGAUUUAAUGCAGCAGCAUUCUUCUCAAUGGCAGAAACUAGAAUCUCAGAUAUCUUCGCUUACAGCUGAGAACAUGUUGCUUAAUGAAGUGCAUCAAAAUACUAAGAAGGAACUGCAGCAAGUGAUAUCCAACCUUGAAGGACAGCUCAAGGAACAAAAAGCAGGAGAAGUUGCUUUAAGAUCUGAGUUGAAAAUCUCAAGGCUGAGGUUGCUGAGAAACUUUUGUUGCAGAAUUGCCUCAAGGAUCUCAAAGAGAAAUUGAUGAAAACUGAAGCUCGACUGCAAAAAGAGGUUGAAAGCAUUAAGGCGACUGCAGCGAAAAGAGAGGCAGAGGCUUCCCCAAUGUCGAGUGUUUAGUUCAUCGUGGGAGUGGCUAUGGUGUCUGCGAUCAUUGGCCUCAUUCUUAAGAAACGAUACUAGAUCAAGUUGUUGUGUUUUUGCUAUCCCCUUGGCUGUUUGCAAAGCAAAACACAUAUGGUUAUGUAUUAUUCAAGUUUGUAUUUAGUUUGUAUAUUGGGUUUCAGAUGCUUUCGGAAAUAUAAGAAUUUGUGUGUUUGUUGAUACGAAAAGAAGAGGACGGUCUCAGUUGUUUUCGAGUCAUAUGGUCGAAUCCCUAAAUGAAAUUACUUCAUGGCCGUUUGAUAAGUAUUUAA